AAUCUUAUCUCCCUUCGGGGAUUUCAACCUCUAAUAAUUAUUUAUCGGCUGAUUAUGUUGACCAACAAAAUACUGCUUCCGUUAGUACUGAGCCCACUGUUAAGAGACAUACGAUCCAGGUAGAAUAUGAUUAUCCUGAUAAUACUGCUGGUUAUGUAGAUUAUCCAGACGAAGAUUUCCUAUUUGUCGAUGGUACACGUCUUGGUGCUAAUCCGGUACCUGUAGUCACGUCAGAUAUGAUUUUGCCUCAAGAACAAGAAGAAAUUUUACAUAACAAUCAUAAAACAAAUUCCAAGAAUCAUGUCUCUGGAAAAUCGCAGAAUAAUCAGAAUAUUGAACCUCCUAAGGUUGAAAAACAGCAUAAUGCAAAACCAAUUUCCUCAGAUAAAAGCAACAGUACUGCAAACACUCCACCGGAAACUCCACCCACAACUGCAAGAAAUUCGGUGAAUGCUGGUUCCGGAUUAUUUACAUUAUUCGAAAGUGAAUCUAAUAAUGCAGAUCAACAUGAAGAUAAGAAGAAGCAUGUUAAUAAUGUUAAUGGAAAUCUUACCGUGCCGACGAAUGGUCUUUUACAGCCUGUAGAAGCACAAAAGAGCUCGUCUCAAGCUCCUAAAAAACGAGAUGCUCCACGUACAAGACCUGUUACUGUUCAUGGUCCUCCAUCUGGCUCACAAGACUUUAUUUCAGUAUCGAGGAAAGAUUCUAAUACUACGAAUAACUUCGAAACAACACCAUCAAAGCCUAAUACAUCGUCAGCUUCAAGUAUACCACCUUCAAUUCCUCUGCCGCCAAUUCCAGGUCGUCGGGAAUCUUUGCCCCCUGUUAUGCCUCCUGCUAAUGGCCAAAAAAAACAUAAAAGAGGACUUUCAUCAGAAAAAAUUUUUAAAUUUUUAGGUAAUCAACAACAAAAUGGAAAGGAUACAACAACAAUAUCUGUUGACACUAAUACUAAAAAAGAAUCUGAAGCUCUUUCACAACCGGCUCAAUCGGCUUUAAAUAAUGAUAUGCCAUCUGAUACAGCUUCGGAUUCAACGAGUGCAAUCGAUGAUAAUAGCGAUUCAAAGAGUAAAAGACGUGCUAGCAAGAGAAAAGCUUUAAGUUUAAUGGUUGAUACGUUAAAGGGACCAGCGGGUCACUCGACGCAUAGUGUCGUAUCUGGUAGUAAUGUGCAAGUGAAAGAUAAGAGAAAAUCCGUCGCUGGUACAUCAGCUGGUAGUUCAAAUGCUGCGAAAAAAGUUAUGGAUUGGUUCAGACGAAAAUCUUUGGGUAAGCUGUACAUAGUAGCUUUAUAUAAUGAAGUAGCGGAGUAUUUUAAUAAUAAUAUUUUUUUUUCUUAUUUGAUUUCUUAUAUAUUAAUGUUACCUAUUAAUCUUUUUUAUAGCUAAACAAGAUGUUAUACUUCACGAGACCGGACAUGGGCCAGCCAAAGUUCCUAAAGUUGAGCAAACUGAUAAUGAUAGUCUUUCGCGUCGCUCAAAGAGUAAGACUAAACGUCAAAAGAAUAAUCCCUCAGUGAUUGUAACUCAAUCAAAUAGCAAUACUCCUUCUUCAUCACGACAAUCUACAAUUAAGCCUGUUAAUAAUAAUGUUGAUUCAAAACUUCGAGUACAUCAUGGUGCUGUGGACAACU